CGAUGUCGCUGUUGUCGGCUGUCAGUUAAGCCCUGUAUGUGGUCUUGAUUUUAUUUUGUUUUGUGUUUUAAAUGGAUAAUUAGGGAUGUGUUAAUCACUGGGGCAGUGUUUAAUUGGACGAGACCAUGGCCCAGAGUACAACAAGCGGCACGUCCUCGAGGCGCCAAGGACGGGACCAGGAUACAGCAUCAUUAGCCUCUUCUAGAUUUGCAGACACUGAGUGGGAAGCUAAUGAGGCAUGGAGGCAGAGGGAACUGGAGGAGGCCAGGGCGAGGGCUGCACAGAUGGAGAAGACAAUGAGAUGGUGGUCAGAUUGCACAGCCAAUUGGAGGGAGAAGUGGAGUAAAGUUAGAAAUGAACGAAACAAGGCUAGGGAAGAAAUGAAACAACUCAGAACAAAAUUGGAUAUGGCUCUGAAAGACACAAACUUGUAUAAAAGAGAGAAGCAGGAAAUGGAAUUGCAAAAUGAUCAGCUUAAGAAGGAGAUGGAGAAAAUACAUAUAUUAUUGCUAAAGCAUGCAGGACAAUUUGAUGCACAAAUAUUUGAAGCACUAGGUGAUGAUCCCUUGAAGGAUUUCUCUUUUAGCACAAACAACACAUCACCAGUCAAGGAGAAUGGUAUAGAAUCCUCUCAAGAAUGUGAUAGCACUGCAGCCCCAUUGGAAAAGGAGAAGACUGCUGAAGAAUACAUCUUAAAAGGUGCAGUGCCAAAGCAGAAAGAACCUGAAGAGAAUGGGCUUGACUCAAAAUGUGAUAAAAAUCAUAAAGAUUCUGAUUAUGAUGAAGAAUAUGUUAUGCAGAAACUUUCAAUGAUUCAAUUGAGGUUGGAUGAAACCAACAAAACUCUGCAAGUCGAAAGAGAGGAAAAAUCACAAUUACAUAGAACCAUUGAAAAAUUGACAAGUGAUUUGCAUGAGAUGAAAGAGAAAUGCGAGGAAUUACGAGAGGCACGGCAGGAAGUCGUCAGAGAAAUGUUGACUUUGCAAGAUCAACAUCAGGAGGAAGUUAGAAUUGUUAGAUCUGAUUUGCAGGAUGAAGCAAAUAACCGUGAAGGAAUGGAUAGGAGAAUCAAUGAUCUAAGAGCUGAAUUGGAGCGAUUGCAAGCAGAAAAUGCGGCUGAAUGGGGAAAACGCGAGAGAUUGGAAACAGAAAAAUUGAGUUUAGAACGAGAUAAUAAAAAACUGAGGACGGAACUUAGGGAUAUGCAAGAAAGGAUUGAGAGGAAAGGCAGGCCCUUGACAAACUCUGAUGCAGAGUUGAGGCAUUUGCAACAGGAAUUAGUUGAUAAAAAUAAGGAAAUAUCUGAGCUGAAGCAUUCCCAGAGUAAAUUGAAGAAAUUGGUUCAGGAUAAGAUAACGGAACUCGCGCAUGCAGUGCGUAGAGCCGAACAGUACGAAACUGAAGUAAAGAAAUUAAGGAGCAGAGUGGAGGAAUUGAAGAGAGAUCUUGCCAUUGCAGAAGAUGAAAUCGAUUCAGCUUCUAAUAAUAUAAGGAAACUGCAGAGAACCAACGACGAACUGCAAGAACAAGUCGACAAUUUCCAAGUACAAUUGCAGCAUUUAAAUACAAGGCUUCGUAAUUCGAGCACAUCUAGUUUGUUGUCCCAUAGAGGAGCUUUGAUCGCUGACGAGAUGAGCGACGAGGAAAUUACUAAUGUAUAUUAAAUCUAUUAAUCGAAUAGGCUCUUGAUACACGUAAACUCAAUGCUCAUCAAACAAAUUUCAAUAUUUUCUUAACUUUCUCCGAAUUAGGGAAUCGUUUAACCAAUGUGUUCUGUGUAUAUAUUGUUUUUCAUAAACAACUAGGUUUUUGACAGAAUAAGAGCAAAAGCUUAGAACACAACUAUUUAUUUAGUAAGUCUUUUUAAUGAAGAAGCAAACUGUAAUUAUUUACAUAUUUAUUUA